AUGUCGAAAUCAUUGAUUACCACACUUCUCGUUUCCAUUCUACUUUCCAUCGCUCAUGCGUUUGGAGGAAGCACUGUAGGAGGUUUUCUGAGCCAAAGUAGUUGCAACGCAUCCACCUUUAAGUUUUCCGACACAAUCGAUGUUGGCCCUGCUCCUGAGUUUGUCAUCACCGUAACACCCAUUUUGUCUGGUCUCUGUCCCAAUUCGUCUGGCCAAAAGACAAACUCCACUUUGAACUUGAACACAUGCCUCGGAAACAACGACGCCCACCUCCUUUGGCAGAAAAAUGGCAUGUUCCAAACCACCUGCGGUUGUGAGCUCGAAAUCCCUAAUCUAUGCUGUGGCUGUGGUGCGGCAAAUGGAAGCACAGUCCCGAGUGGAAUCUGCAUUAAUCUCGAUCAGGGAGUCGCAGCCGAUAAAGGACAAUUGAAUUGCGAUAAUCUUCCAAGCAAUAAUUAA